AUGAAGACUGAUUUCAAGUUCUCCAACCUGCUCGGCACGGUCUACAGGAGAGGAAACCUCUGCUUCAGCCCGGAUGGCACAUGCCUGCUGUCGCCCGUCGGCAAUCGCGUCACUGUCUUUGACCUCGUCAACAACAAGUCGCAUACCCUCCCCUUCGCUCAUCGCCGUAACAUCUCCCGCCUUGCCUUGAACCCCAAGGGCAAUCUCCUCCUCACAGUCGACGAAGACGGCCAGGCUAUUCUUACACACCUCCACCGUCGCGUAUCUCUCUACCACUUCUCCUUCAAAGGUCCCGUCUCGUCGCUUGUCUUCUCGCCUUCCGGUCAACAUUUCGCCGUCGCUCUUGGUCGCAAGAUUGAAACUUGGAGAACGCCUUCCACACCUGCCGAUACCCAGGAUGGCUCCCUCGAGUUCGCACCCUUCGUGAAGCACAGAGAAUAUGCCGGUCAUUACGACACAGUACAGAGCAUCGAGUGGUCUAGCGACUCGCGCUUCUUCCUUACUGCCUCCAAGGACUUGACGGCACGCAUCUGGAGUCUGGACCCUGAAGCUGGCUUUGAGCCCACCACUCUUGGAGGUCACAGACAAGGUGUUCACGGCGCAUGGUUCUCGGCCGAUCAAGAGACGAUUUGGACCGUGUCAAAGGAUGGUGCCCUCUUCCAGUGGCAAUACCUACCGCCCCGUAACGCUCCCGAGGAUGAGAUGGACAUUGAAGAGAACUUCAGAUGGAGAAUCGCCGAGAGACACUACUUCAUGCAAAAUGGCGCCCAUUUGACAUGCGCUUCUUUCCACCCGGAAUCAAAUCUUCUGGUUGCUGGUUUCUCGAACGGUACCUUUGGUCUUUACGAGCUUCCUGACUUCAACCAAAUUCACAACCUCAGCAUCUCGCAGAACGACGUCGACUUUGUCACCAUCAAUAAAACUGGUGAAUGGCUCGCUUUCGGUGCUUCUCAGCUUGGACAACUUUUGGUUUGGGAGUGGCAGUCAGAAUCGUACAUCUUGAAGCAACAAGGACAUUUCGACUCAUUAAACAACCUAACGUAUUCGCCCUCCGGAGAUCGCAUCAUCACAUGCGCCGACGACGGAAAGAUCAAGGUCUGGGACGUUGCUUCUGGAUUCUGUAUCGUCACAUUCACCGAACACACAUCAGGAGUCACAGCGUGCGAGUUUGCAAAACGAGGAAAUGUCCUAUUUACAGCUUCUCUGGAUGGUUCGAUACGAGCCUGGGAUCUGAUAAGAUACCGAAAUUUCCGAACCUUUACCGCUCCUGAACGUCUCUCUUUCUCUUCGAUCGCAGUCGACCCGUCAGGCGAAGUCGUAGCUGCUGGUUCUCUCGACAGCUUCGACAUUCACAUUUGGUCUGUCCAGACUGGUCAAUUGCUCGAUAAGCUCUCUGGUCACGAAGGUCCUGUUUCGACACUGGCAUUCGCCCCUAAUGGCGGUGCUCUGGUAUCAGGCUCUUGGGACCACACCGUCCGCAUCUGGUCAAUCUUCGCUCGCACCCAGACUAGCGAGCCCCUCCAACUACAAGCAGACGUCCUCUGCGUGACCGUACGACCAGAUUCAAAACAAAUCGCCGUCAGCACACUAGAUGGCCAACUGACUUUCUGGUCACUUUCAGAAGGCACACAAGAAGCUGGCUUCGACGGCCGUCGCGACGUCUCAGGCGGUCGCAAACUCACCGAUCGCCAAACUGCCGCCAAUGCUUCUGGCACAAAAUCUUUCAACAGCAUAAGCUAUUCCGCUGAUGGCAGCGUUGUCGUCGCAUCCGGAAACAGCAAAUACAUCUGUCUCUACGACGUCAUGUCCGGCGUCCUCCUUCACAAGUACACCGUCAGUGUAAAUCUGUCCCUCGAGGGUACGCAGGAGUUCCUCAACUCCAAGAACUUGGGCGAGGCUGGGCCAAACGGUAUGAUCGAUACCACAGGCGAUGCUUCUGAUCUCGAAGACCGUAUGGACACUUCCCUCCCCGGUGCUAAGAGAGGCGACGCCGCAUCCCGCCGUAUCGGCCCUGAGGUGCGUGUUCCAGGCGUCAACUUCGCACCCACUGGUCGUUCCUUCUGCGCAGCAAGUACAGAAGGCCUACUGGUGUACUCCCUCGACACCACCAUCGCUUUCGACCCCUUCGACCUCGAUAUCGACAUCACCCCUCAAUCAACUCUCAAGACACUGGCCAAGAAGCAAUACCUCAAGGCCCUGGUCAUGGCUUUCCGCCUCAACAACCCCAAACUCGUCAUCCGCGUCCAACGCUCCGUCCCCGCCGCCGAUAUCCCCCUCGUCGUCACCGACCUCCCCGUAGUCUACCUCCCCCGCCUCCUCCGCCACAUCGCCGUCCAAUCAGACGCCUCUCCCCUACUAGAACUCAACCUCCUCUGGCUACAAGCACUGCUCAAAUCCCACGGUUCCACACUCAAGAAAAACCAAGGCGAAUACGCAGAAGUCACCAGACUUGUUCAGAGAGCCGUCGCCAGAAUCCAAAAGGAAAUCUUCUCCGUGGCGGAAAGCAAUGAAUUCAUGGUUGAAUAUCUUCUCGCGCAACCGGAGAGGAAGGCUCAAGAUGGUAUGAAGCUUUUGACCAGUGUUGAUAGUGGUGCCGUUCAAGAGAUUGAGAUGGCAGAUGACGAUGAUGAAGAUGGCGAGGAUGGUUGGAUCGGUCUUGACGAGUAAGAUUACAUGUCCUGUUAUUCUUUCGGAUGUUUUGGCAUUAGAGUGGUGUUCAAAAAAACAGGUUUUGGCAUUUUUUUGUGGAUGGGAGUUGUAUUCUUGGAAGGGGAUGUGUAUACAGGCGUUUUUUCUUGUCGAUAGUGUGGGACA